AUGCAGAAGAAGAGGUCGCCACCGACCACCCCCAUCAAGGACGGCGCGCAGCAGGGCAACACUGCCUUCACCACCAUCUCAGAGGAGGAGCGCCAAAAGCUCCAGCUCCAAUCCAUCAUUGAUUCAUUGGCGUCACUAACGAGGGAGACAGGGCCGAAGGUGGUGAGGGGCGAUCCAGCCAGGAAGGCGGAGGCGACCAAGGUCGCCGCUGGGCACCACCACUACUUGACGCUGACCAUCAGCGUCAGCAACAUCGCCCUCAAGUUUACCCAUGUCCUCUACAACCUCUCCCCGUCCGAACUCUACGAGCAAGCCAUAAAACAUGAACAUGGAUCAUUCAUAACAUCGACUGGAGCCUUGGCUACCUUGUCCGGCAUGAAGACUGGCCGUUCGCCGAGGGACAAGCGCGUCGUCAAGGAUGAAACCACUGCCAAUGAGCUUUGGUGGGGAAAGUAA